CCUAAACAUAUUUUUAUCGUAUUUUUAAACCUACUGACCUGAUGAAAGCAGUAAGGCACAGCUAAAACAGUCACUCCAAAAGCCGUAUUAACAACAUUGAUAAUAAAAGGAACACUCGAUGUUUUAGCCAUUACUAUAAAAUUGACAACUGUCGACGUUUACAGUUUUCUUUUAUGAAUAAAUUUACAUGAUUUCAUAAUAUUUAUUGCCAUUUUUAGCUCAUGUUUUAGCUUGAAACAUUGUGGCAUUCAAUCAUUCAUUGUAGGUAGCCAUUGUUAAUUUUUUUUCAUUGAAUUUGUUAUUAUUAUAUUUAAAUGAAGUAUUGUGGGAGAUAGGAAAUUUCCUAUUGGGAAUUUUGUAUCAAUGGAAUUUUGAAAGCAAAUGUAGUCAUAGAAAUUUAUUUUAUUACGACGUUUCGAUUCGUUUCAAUAACAAUUCAUGCGUAAUUUUAAUUAUUUUUAAAUAAGAAUAGUAAUAAAAUACAAGAAUAAAGUAUGAAUCAAUUUCCAAAAUUUAACAACGUAAAAGAAAUUUAAUGGAAACACAAAGGAAACGGAUUAAUUAAUAAUAUUGGAAAUUUUCCCAAAAUUUUCAGGGAAAUUUUGAAUAUAUUAUGUGGAAGCACCAGCAUCGUGCUUCGUUCCCAGGCUCUUCUUGUCUCCCUCUUUCUUUCCAAAAUGGUGAGUGUUUAUAACUUUUUCUACUAUAUGGAAAAUCCAUCGUUUUUCUAAGCCAUCCUUUGUACUUUUCUGCAUUUUUGGAUAGAAUUACACAAAAUAAAACCUGUAGUUAUCGUACUUUAUGAUAUUUUAGGAUUACAUGCUAUAUUUCGUUAUGUUUUAGGGUAUAGACAUCAAACAUAAACACCAAAAGAAAAAAAAUCGGCGAGACCCCGUCUCGGAGAACAUCUAUCUCCGUUUGUUGGUGAAGGUAUAAAUUUUACAAAUUCAUCUUUCAUGUUUGCUGUUUGUGAAAUAAAUUAUUUUGAUUUUUGACAUACUUUUAGUUCAAUGAUUUUGGCUAAAUUUUUAUAAAAUUUAUAAUUUCAAAUUUUCAAUGAUUCUUUUAGCUAUACAAGUUUCUGGUCCGGCGUACUGAUGCUAAAUUCAACAAGAUUGUUUUGAAAAGGCUUUGUAUGAGUAAGAUCAACAGACCACCUCUAUCAAUUGCUAGACUGGUAUGUUUCCACAGUUUGCAAUGAACUUAUGCACUGUUCACAUAACUAGGGGCAUUCCAGAAAACAUCCACACAUCCCCCAUGGACCUGAUUGGAAAGUUUGGAAAUUGCGUAACCAAGAUUUCGAAAAUUUAAUAGAAAAUAUAUAUAGAACGCAUCAAAAUAUCGGUAUCUCGGUCAUGCGAUACAAACUCUCCACACUGGCCCACAGAUAGCCUGCUCACAGACGUUGUAGUUCUUACGCCAAGCGACGAAAUACUACCGUCUGCUUGCCCGAGCGCCAAACUGAAUUCCGCUACGUCAACCAAUCAGAAUUUACCUUCCAAAUUCUGGAAAGUGACGUCAGUUGAUUUAGGAGUGGAAUAAACAUAAAUAUAUAUUUUGAAAGCAGUUGUCGGUUGAAUUUUGGUCAAAAUUGCACAUAAAUUGAAUUUAAAGAUACUGAUACUUGUCCAGGUAAUAAAAUGCACCAUUAAUGAUCAGAUUUGGAUAUUAAAGAUGUUCGGUUAAUAUAUUUAAAACGCGGACAGGAUUGGCAUAUUUAUACUGUAUGAAUCUUAGCCAGACGGCAUCAAAUGCCGAAUAUAUUUCGCUGAAAUUUGAACGGUUUAUCUUUAUAAGACAACAGAACUCGGAAGACAGAAAAUUGUAUAUAAUACUGUGGCUUAGAAAGCGAAAUAUUAGCUUCAAAGUAAACUAAUUUGCUGUCUGAGCAACCACUUCUGAAUGUAAACUGUAAACACAACACAAACCCGAGAAACUUGUAUUAAAAUUGCGAUGAAUUUUCCAAUUCGCCCAAACUUCGAAACGUUUAAUAUACUCUAACUUGGCUAUACUUUUCUACAUGACAAUGAGAGCUUAAUCUUUUAGAAGUUUUUGUCGAAGUCAUGGCAUAUAGGAAGUAUCAAGAGCAACAUUUGGACAUAUCCUGGUUCCCGAUUGAUUGUUUGUCAUUGUUAUAAACAAAAAUUUAAAUUUCGCCUACUGCAUUGCUUUAGCACUUUAUAUACACCGAUUGUUUGUUGAACAUGCGAGAAGAUGAUAACAAUAUUAUUCUACGUAAACAUCGUGAAGUUCAACGCUAUAGUUUCCAAAAUAUAUCCACGCAAGUAAACAAAUUUCAGUUUCAACCCAAACAAUAUAUUCCAAUGCAUGUGCAAGGGCUUUUCCCAGUAGCUAAUCUCUCAAUAUAUAAGGCGGCUUCCAAUUGGCUCUAAUGUUUUUGAACACUGCCAGAUGAUUGGCUCGGCUAAAACAAAGGGAAUUGAAUAUGCAGCUUGGGUAAGCAGACGGUAGUAUUUCGUCGCUUGGCGUAAGAACUACAACGUCUGUGAGCAGGCUAGCCCACAGAGGAAAUUGGAAGUUGACCUCCUACGGACAUUCUACAUAGGGCAGAAAUGCCUGCCGUAAGGGGAGUGUGUAUCUUUUCUGGGAUGACCCAUUGGACUAGAUGGAUUAGCACACUGUCUUGUUGCAAGGUUUGCAACAAUUAUAUGAUAAUUUGAAUCAGAAAACUGUAGAGUUUCGAGCAAAGGCUCUUUCCUGACGGAAUUUAAUUUGCAUCUGUAUCUUGCAUAUUUUAAUACACAAUAGUAAUACUCGAUGCUCUAUUAGCUGAACAUAUUGGGUGAAUGUUGGGUGUGAUGAAUUCUAACACGACGGUCUUCAGAUAAUAUGAUGUUGAAGAUGUGUUUUCUGACCCAAUUUACUAGAAGCUGGAUUUACUAAUGAUUAGUUCUGUUCAAUAUCUAGGUCCGUAAAAUGAAACCAUAUGGUUUCGAUGGCAAGAUUACAGUGGUGGUUGGCACCAUCACUGAUGAUCAGAGGAUUUAUGAAAUCCCCAAAAUGACCGUAAGUUGACUUGAGGUUGUUUGGGGCAAACGUUCCCUUCUAAACGUUUAACUUGCCACCCAAGAAGAACUGAAACUGGCAGACAACAUAUAUGGGCUGUCAACAACAAUUUUAGUCUUGGUCUAUCCUCUAACAAGUCUGUGAUUAUACGGUGAAACCUAUUUGACAAGUACUAAUGCUGCAUUGUGUUGUUGAAACAGUAUUGAGUCAUCCCAGAAAACAUCCAUACCUUCCCCAUAGAUGAAAUUGAAAGUUACCCCCUCCCCCAAUAUAUCCUAAUACACUUACUAUUAUCAGAUUGGAAUGUGGAUCUUUUGUGAAAUGACUCAUUUGACUUUGAGCACAAUGUAUUUUCAGGUUUGUGCCUUGCAUGUAACUGACGGAGCCCAAGCACGGAUAUUGAAAGCUGGUGGUGAGAUCAUUACAUUUGAUCAGUUGGCUCUGAGAGCUCCAAAAGGACAGCACACUGUCUUGUUGCAAGGUUUGUAUCAAUUCUCUGUUAAGCGUUCAUUUGCUUGGACAUUUUGUCCAGAGUAAUCACUUUUCUUCAAAGACCAUGUUUAUAAACAAAUAUUUAGAAUAAUUUUGGGGUGAUGAAUGUUGGGUGUGAUGAAUUUUAACACGACGGUCUUCAGAUAAUAUGAUGUUGAAGAUGUGUUUUCUGACCCAAUACAUGAGUGUGAUUGCUGCAAUUUAUGUACUCGAUCAGUCUAUUGUAAUUUACAAGUACUAACUUGUGAAACAGAUUGUUCAAGUGGAUUAAUAGUGGACUAUAUUUUUCUUGCAGGUCCCAGAAAGGCAAGAAAAGCUGAGCGUUACUUUGGCCUUGCACCUGGUGUGCCCCACAGCCACACACGAGCCCGUGUUCGCUCCAGGGGACGUAAAUUUGAGCGUGCUCGUGGCCGUCGUAACAGUCGUGGAUACAGAGCAUAAGCAUCAGUGUACGGACAAAUGCAAAUAAAAUA